GAAAGCCUGUUUCUUAUAUCACAGCAGCCCCUGACAAACCGAUGGCAUUCGCUGCUCAAUUCCUUGUGCGUAUGUAUUUCUGUGUGGGUGUGCUGGCUCUAAGCAGCCAAUUUAUAAGGCUAUUUUGUAACGUUACUCUCUACGCAUUUUUCGCUUUAGACGAAACAAUGCAAUUAACUUGGCUCUAGCCUAUGGUGCGCAUCGCCCAGUGACUCGAGAACUGAUGCAUUAAACUGCCCAAAUUAGGCUGCGAAAAUUUUCCUCCCUUAGCUGUUACUGAGGCGCGGUACGCGAUCUCACACGGUCGGCUCUGCUCACUGGGGAGCGCAAGCGACCCGCAUCGCCAGCUGUGUGAGAGCGACAAAGUGGAGCGUCCAGCUGCGCUCGAGCAGUUACUGCUCUCAGUGAGAGACGCGGCGCUGCUGUCUGUACUUCUCACGAAACAACACUGGAAUACUGGCUGAUCUGAGCAGACAAAGUAAUCGGGUUAAGUGAGAGGGACCGGAGACUAAAGACACGUCGGAUGUCACUCACCAUGGCACUAGGACAUUUGGUACAAUAUGUUGCAAUAAGGAUUACCGUGAUCGUUCUGGCGAUGACUGCUGGACACUGUCAAAUAGCUCCUGAAUGUAGUCCCAAUGGCCAUCGUAUUCUCCAAAACCCUUAUAGAAGUGUUACAUUCGAUUCUCAAAAACUUCAGCAGUCAGCAAUACAGGACUUAAUAUGUGAUCAUUCUUUAACUCCUGGAUGGUAUCGUUUCCAUAUUUUUGAUAAACCAGCCGAUAUGCCAACAAAAUGUGUGGAGAUGAAUCACUGUGGCACACAGGCCCCUGUGUGGCUGUCGCUUAAAGAAUCAGAGUCUCUUCCUCGGCCUGGGGAGGUGAAGCAGCUCACAGCCUGUGCAACAUGGCAGUUUUUCUUUAGCACUACAAAGGACUGCUGCCUGUUCAGAAUUCCUGUGACUGUGCGAAACUGUGGGGAAUUUAAUGUGUAUCUACUGCAGCCCACACAGGGAUGUAUGGGUUAUUGUGCUCAAGUUGUUUCAGACAUAAAGCAAGACCUCUGUGGCCCGGCUGAAACAGACGUCGGUGGAACUUGUAAAGCUAAAUAUCCACCCUCGCCAACAACACCAGAAGUAGUGGCUGAGCUGACUGGCAGCACUGUUACUUUAAAAUGCUCUUUUGAUAGUCCUGUCACAAAUAGUUCUCUUGGACAUGUUGUGUCUUGGACUCGACUCUCUUCUGAUGGAACUAAAGAAGAACUGAAGCAAGAGACAACAGUACAAAGCUUUUCUUUCAUUGAGCUAGAUGGAAUAAAUCUUCGACUUGGAGACAAGAUCUACUGCAAAAUAUCCAGCUUUUUCUUGGAUUCUCCUGAUAUUCAAGGACCUACAGCUGAAAGCAAAGAAUUUUUUGCUGGCAUUAAGCUUCACCCAGAAACUGUUUCUAUAUCAGAAGAUGGUAAAGAACAUAAAUUACACAUUAAGAGUACAAUACCCAUUCCUUGCUCUUCAUCUGGACAACCUAAAGAGGACUGCAAGAUCACUUUACAACUGCACACACUAAAUGAAGACAAUCUGAGACCAGAUCUUGUUCUCUCUUCUUGUCAAGUGGAAUUACAACAUACUCCAUGUUAUAAAGGAAUAUGUGCUUCUGCGACUACAUAUUUCACAGGAGUUACCAAUUUUAUUAUGGAUUCUGAUAAAAUAUCAGAAAUUGAGGUGCUACCCAUUGUUAGUGAUAACUUCUUAUGGAAUGGCUACUCUCCACAAGGCACCAAGAUUACAGUUAAAGAUGCACCUUUUGCAUAUUGCUAUUUAUUCACAGACCCUCAUAUUAUUACAUUUGAUGGGAGAAAAUAUGAUAAUUACAAAACUGGAACAUUUGUAUUAUAUAAAAGUACGGGCCGGGAGUUUGAAGUGCAUGUUCGCCAGUGGGACUGUGGAAGCCACAAUUACUUAGCUUCAUGCAUCUGUGGCUUUGUUGCUAAAGAAGAUGAAGAUAUGAUUUCAUUUGACAUGUGUAAUGGUCAACUACGUGAGACAAAACCACACUUAGCAAUAAAGAACAAAGAUUCUAGUAGUAAAAAUAUCAUCAUAACAGAAUCAUACCAAGGAAGAAAAGUCACGGUUACAUUUUCAUCAGGAGCUUUUGUUCGAGCUGAUGUAAAUGAGUGGGGGAUGAGUUUAACUGUCCGAGCUCCUAGCUUGGAUCAUCAGCAUACUGAAGGCUUGUGUGGAACAUUUGAUCAAAAUAUAGAAAAUGACUUCCGUGGUGCAGACGGCCAUUCUGUACUUCAAAAUUCAUCUGCUUUUAUUGAGGAAUGGAGGGUGGCUGCAGGAAAUAGUUUAUUUGAUCAUUCACCAUCAUUUAAAAGUACAUUCCUGAAAAAGCACUAUUGUAACUGUAAAACACUGAAGACACAUUCUCCAUCAAACAAGUUUAAUUUUCCUGCAAAUGCAGGGGUUUCACCAGUCUGUUUAAACAAUGCAAAUGUAAGACUUUCAACUUUAAUUCCAGUUUUGGACAUAACUGCCGAAUACAUAAAUCCAACUGAACAUUUCAGGGAAUUGCAUCGACGAGAGGCUGGGACGGGAUUAGAUUCCUUUUCUUCUCCCCUUUCAAGAGUAUUUCAUAAAAAUAAUCAAACCAAUUUAGAAGAAACAUCAUCAGGACACAGUAAUCUGUUUGCUAGGCGACAUAAAUAUAUUACAAUGGAAAGAGGUUCUCCCAGCAGAAGUGCUGUCACUGAUAUAUAUAAACAUGGUGAUCUGCAGAAUAAGUGGCAGCCUAACAAUCGCCGAAGAAGGCAGAAUUAUUAUGAAUAUGUUUCAAGCUUUCCCUAUCAAAGUCUCAGCCAGACAGACCUAGAAGGCUUCAGUUAUUUCUUCCCUGAGGACCACACACCUAAUUCUGCCUUUGACACUGUGCCUUCUUGGCCAACUCCUUCAGGAUUGACAGAAUCAAAAGUAGCUGAAUUGUGCCAACAUACAGUAGCCAAUUCAAGCAUAGGCAAGGGAUGUGGAGUCCUUCUUGGUAAAAGAGUAAUGGAUGUGAUAGACAUGUGCAUUCUAGAUAUUCAACUGAAAGAUGACAUCAGCUGGUCAACAGCAGGAUUGCCCCUUCUAGAGAAUGAAUGUGAAAGAAAGCUUAUAGAGCAGAGCCACUCAAAGGAGUAUAACAGCAUUUUGUCAUUACUGAAAUGUCCAAACCUUUGUAAUGGGAAUGGAGAAUGUGCCGAAUGGGGAUGUGUGUGCUUUCCAGGAUAUGGGGCCUAUGACUGCAGUAUAGUUUCUGAUCAGCCUCCAGAAAUUAUUGAGCUAGAAAAUGUUGGAUUUUGUGAUGUUCGUCAAUAUGACUGCUCUUCAGUGAGAGUUUUUGGUCAAGGUUUUAAAGAUUCACCAGACUUGAAGUGUGAAGUCAUAAAAGAACAGUUUAUUUCUGAUGAAUGGAGUUUAGGUGAUCCCCAGCUUACAACAGCUUCCUUCUUGAGCAACACUGUUUUAGACUGUCAGCUACCAAGAGAAAAUGAUCAAUCACCUCAUAAUAUGGACAUUGAUAUAGUUGAUGAUAAACCUCUUGCCAGAUGGCAAAUUAAGGUCUCAAAUGAUGGUUAUGAAUACAGCAAUUCAAAAACAUUAACACUAUUUGAUGGAGCUUGUCAAAUAUGUGAAGCCAGUUCUGAUGGACUGUGCUCAUUAAAGGAAAGAACUUGCAACAUUGAUGGACUUUGCUAUGGAGAAGGUGACCCAAAUCCAAUAAGUCCAUGUCUGCUGUGUAAACCAGACAUUUCAAAAUUUACGUGGUCAAUUAGUGAAAAAAAUGAGCCACCCAUUUUCCAGCCAUCGCAAGCAAAGCUUAAAACAUUCAGAGGUGAAAAUUUUGUGUACCAGUUCUUGGCCACAGACCCCGAAGGUUCUGCAGUUCUUUUUACACUGGACCAAGGUCCAAAGGAUGCAGUACUCUCACCUGCUGGACUUUUGAUCUGGAAGGUGACAUCUGAAACAACGGAAACAUUCAGAUUUUCUGUAACAGAUGACUGCAAUGCUGAGUCUAAAGCAUCUGUAGAGGUAAUUGUUGAGCCAUGUAAGUGUUUAAAUGGAGGAACAUGUGUAACAAAUAUUAACUUUCCUCCUGGAAGUGGGAAAUAUGUUUGUGUCUGUUCCCAAGGAUUUGAAGGUGACUACUGUAACUUCAGCUCUGACAACUGCAAAUCAAAUCCCUGCAUCUUCGGCAGGUGUGUGGACGGCCUCAAUGCGUAUUCUUGUGAAUGUUACUCAGGUUUUACAGGUGAACAAUGUCAAGAGGAUGUUGAUGAAUGUUCAUCAAAGCCCUGCUUUGUAGGAGUUCGCUGUAAUAACACUUUUGGAUCCUACAUCUGUGAUUCAUGUCCAGAAGGAUACAGAGGAGAUGGCAGACACUGUAAAACGGUGGAAGAAUCUUUGAAUCUGAAUCCUUUUGAUAAAGAAGAAGAGGUUAAGGAGGUUUAUCCUGAGAAGGAGGAAAGCAAUGACAAUAAAUCUGGGCCGGAAAUACAAACACAAAUCAGUACCCCAGCCGAAAAUGAAAUAACUGAAACAAAGAAACAAACCAGUGUUCACCGUCAGCAAUCACCAGGACCUAAAUUUAGCUCUGGCACUCAAAAGGGUUGUGCCGCUAAGCCGUGUUUCCCAGGUGUGCAAUGCUUUGAAGAUCCAGAACAAGAAUCAGGAUUUUCUUGUGGUGGCUGUCCUCCAGGAUUUCAUGGUAAUGGUUUUACAUGCAGCAGGUUAACUCUAACAGGACAAAGAUCAAGAAGUACAACAAUUAAUACAGCUACACUAAAUGCAGUUAACUUACCUACUCCACCCACAAUCACGAUGACUACAGAUUCAAUAUCCAAGCAUUCAGCCACAAUUAAAAAAGCUGGAAAGUUUACAGUCUCAACAAAGACCACAGGGCAAAUCCCACUUGUAGUGCCUUUCCAUAGGACUUCGAAUUCUCGCCCUGUGUCUCCUCAAGCAAAACCCAAACUAAGCCUGCCAUAUUUAAAUACCAGGAAUACAUUGCUUAACAUUGGUAAUAAAAGAAACAGUUCUGGGGAAGAAGUGAAUGAAGACAAAAGAAUUCCAAAAACUAGAACUUCUGGAAUAACAUAUAAAGGAUCUAAGGUGCAUUCUGCCAUUGUUCUUCCACAAGACCUAUAUGAAUCACAAGAAAGGACUACAUCAUUACCAAAAUUACUCACCUGUGCUGAUUCUCCAUGUUACCCUGGUGUCCCUUGUGAGCCAUCAGAACAUGGGUCAUUUAAAUGCGGCCGCUGUCCAUAUGGUUAUUCUGGAAAUGGUGUCAAGUGUAAAGCAAUUUGCAGAUAUCCAUGUGGCAAGAAUAUGGAAUGUUCUUUACCAAACACGUGCAGGUGCAAACCAGGGUAUACUGGAUAUAACUGUCACAUUGCUGUUUGUCGUCCAGACUGUAAAAACCGUGGGAAAUGCAUAAAGCCAAAUGUAUGUCAGUGUGCUCCAGGAUAUGGGGGGCUAACUUGCGAGGAAGCAAAUUGUGACCCUCCUUGUCUCCAUGGCGGUACAUGCUUGGCAAGAAACCUUUGCACAUGUCCUUAUGGUUAUGUUGGUCCCAGAUGUGAAACAAUGGUGUGUAACCGACAUUGUGACAAUGGAGGAGAAUGUAUUAGCCCAGAUGUCUGUAAAUGUAAGGAAGGAUGGGAUGGACCAACCUGCAGCUCAGCUGUUUGCACACCUGUAUGUUUAAAUGGUGGAGUAUGUGUUAAGCCAAAUGUCUGCAUGUGCCCUGCUGGUUUUUAUGGAGCUCAGUGUCAGAUCGCUGUUUGUAACCCACCUUGUAAAAAUGGUGGACACUGCAUGCGGAAUAAUGUGUGCUCAUGCCUAGAUGGAUACAGUGGAAAGAGGUGUCAAAAGAGUGUCUGUGAUCCAGUGUGCAUGAAUGGUGGAAAGUGUGUAGGACCGAAUGUUUGCUCCUGCUCCUCGGGAUGGAAAGGGAAACGAUGCAACAUUCCCAUUUGUUUACAGAAGUGUAAAAAUGGUGGAGAAUGUGUGGGACCCAAUACAUGUCACUGUCCAGCUGGAUGGGAAGGGCUACAAUGCCAAACACCAAUAUGUCACAAUAAAUGUUUGUUUGGGGGCAGAUGUGUGUAUCCUAACAGAUGUUUUUGUCGUCCAGGAUUCUCUGGGGCUUUCUGUAGCACAAAGGUGCAGUACCAUUUGAAGUAACAAAGAGCUAAUGAUUGCUGUUACAGAUUUUAACUAACACACGCUGCUGAUGACUGGACUUCACUCAGAAGAAUACAAUUUGAAGGAGAUAUUAAAAUUACAUCCAAAUUAAAAUCCACAUACAGUCUUUUCAUGCAUAGGAAAUUCUUUUAAUUAAAAAUUACUAUUUUUAAA